CUUUCGAGCCGGUCUGCAGUUUGAUUCGGGCUUAAGUGGGUUCAUCGCGUGUCGUUGAGGACGCAGUCGGCUUCGUAUUUCAACGAUCCGCCAUUAUAUGCUUUAUACGGCGUGCCGCCGUACUACUGAUUUUUCUUGUAAGCUUUUGAGUGCAAACUGGGACACGAUUAGUAAAUCUAAUCACUGCUAGUUAUGGCACGAAGCCGCAAGGAUAGUACGGGCAAGAGUGACUCGGAAGUUACUGAUAAGGAGAAUAAAAAGGAACGGGGCAGAGAAAGAGAACGUAAAAAGAGAGCAGCAUCUUCAUCUAGUAGUGGUAGUAGUUCAUCAGAUAGCAGUUCUGGAUCAUCAAGUUCUAGCAGUGGAAGUAGCUCCAGAUCAAGUUCCACUUCCAGUAGUUCAUCUAGCAGUUCUGGUAGCUCUUCAGGUAGUUCCAGAGACAGAGGACGAAAACGCAGUCGCAGCAAGAGUGUUGAUGCAUCCAGAAGACAUGAAAAUAAAGAAAAAGAAAGGGACAAAGAAAGAGAAAGAGAGAGGGACAGAGAUAGGGACAGAGAACGGGAUAGAGAAAAGGAAAAGAAAAAGGGAAGCAACUCUGUUCCUGACAAACCCAAACCUAAAGGACGAUCUAGAUCUCCUUCCCCACGUAGAAAGCGUAGGGAACGUUCGCCAAUUCCUAGACCGACAAAGAUACAUAUCGGCCAUUUAACGCGAAAUGUCACAAAGGAGCACAUAACCGAGAUAUUUUCGGUGUAUGGCCAAAUAAAAAUGGUGGAUUUUGCAAUGGACAAGUUACACCCGAAUCAGGGAAGAGGAUUUGCCUACGUUGAAUUUGAAACUGCAGACGAGGCUGAAAAUGCUAUGAAGCACAUGGAUGGAGGGCAAAUAGAUGGCCAGGAAAUCACAGCCGCGCCAGUAUUAUUGCCGAAACCACGGCCAUUGCCGAUGAGACGUAUGUCACCGGGUAUGGGUAGACGUGCUCCCCCACGAUGGGCAGGUGGUGGCAGAAAUACACCACCACGUUAUCGCAGACGUUCACCGCCGAUGAAUCGUCGUAGAAGUCCGCGACCACCACGACGCAGGAUAAGGACCCGAUCACGAAGUCCACAGGGAAAUCCGCGACAUCGACAUCGCCGUUACACAAGAUCCAGUUCGAGUAGUUCGCGAUAACACACCUUUUGCUUUGUAUAUACAAAAUAAAUGUAAUGAAUUAAGCGUGAUCAAUAUUGGUCACAUAUCUAUAUUAAAGAUAUAACAUAAUUUUUCUCUAAAUA